CUUGUUGUGUUUUUUUUCUUCUUCUUCUCAAAGAGGAGAGACAACACUUCACCCUGUCUGAAAACACACACCGAAAGAGAGAGAAGAGACGUGCAGCUCGUUGUUGUUCGUGACUAAAUGAUGAAAAUGGUUUUAAAUCGCUGGUUUUUGUCGACUUUGUUGAUGUGCGUCACUUUGUGCAGCAGCAGCGGUGUGUUUGCUGCAUCAUACCGGAGACCUAACAUUGUUUUGAUCCUCACAGACGACCUAGACAUCGCUAUUGGAGGUCUAAAUCCACUAAACAAGACCAAAAAGCUUAUUGGUGAUGCAGGGAUAUCGUUCACAAACGCAUUUGUGGCCAGCCCGCUGUGUUGCCCCAGCCGAGCCAGCAUCCUGACGGGGAAAUACCCCCACAACCACCACGUCAUCAACAACACCUUAGAGGGAAACUGCAGCAGUAAGUCCUGGCAGAAGAGCGAGGAGGCCACCACCUUCCCCGCUCUGCUACACACCUACGCUGGAUAUCAGACCUUCUUCGCUGGGAAAUACCUCAACCAGUAUGGGCACGCUGAGGCAGGCGGAGUGGAGCAUGUUCCUCCAGGCUGGAACUACUGGGUCGCACUGGAGAAAAACUCUAAAUACUACAACUACACUCUGUCUGUGAACGGGAAGGCUCAGAAACACGGAGCGGAGUACAGCAAAGAUUACCUGACAGACGUACUGGCCAACAUGUCUCUAGACUUCCUCCAGUAUAAAUCCAACUACCAGCCGUUCUUCAUGAUGGUUUCCACACCGGCGCCUCAUUCCCCGUGGACGGCAGCUCCUCAGUACCAGGACCGCUUCAACACCACCAAGGCGCCCAGAGAUCCCAACUUCAACGUCCACGGAAAAGACAAACACUGGUUGAUCCGACAGGCUAAAACACCCAUGACCAACUCAUCCGUUCAGUUUCUGGAUGACGCUUUCAAGAAGCGGUGGAGGACUCUGCUGUCAGUGGACGACCUGGUGGAGAAAAUAGUGAAGAGGUUGGAAGUCAGAGGUGAACUGGACAACACCUACAUCUUCUUUACCUCUGAUAACGGUUACCACACAGGUCAGUUUUCUCUUCCUCUGGAUAAACGGCAGCUGUAUGAGUUUGACAUCAGAGUUCCUCUCAUGGUCAGAGGACCGAACAUCAAACCCAACCAGACCACUCAGAUGCUGGUGGCGAACGUCGACCUCGGCCCGACCAUCCUGGACAUCGCCGGUUACAACGUCAACAAGACACAGAUGGACGGCAUGUCCUUCCUGCCCGUCAUGGAGGGGAAAAUAAACGGCACCAGCUGGAGAACAGACAUCCUGGUGGAGUAUGAAGGAGAGGGAAGCAACGUGUCCGACCCCGCCUGCCCUCUGCUGGGACCCGGAGUGUCGGAGUGUUUCCCAGACUGUGUGUGCGAGGACUCGUACAACAACACCUACGCCUGUGUGCGCACCGUCGCCCCCUCUGCCAACCUGCAGUACUGCGAGUUUGAUGAUAACGAGGUGUUUGUGGAAGUCUACAACGUGACAGCGGACCCAUUCCAGCUCACAAACAUCGCUAAGACCAUCGACCAGGAAGUUUUGGAGAAGAUGAACCAUCGGCUGAUGAUGCUGCAGUCCUGCUCUGGACAGUCGUGUCGGACACCCGGCGUGUACGACCCGAGGUAUAAAUUUGACCCUCGACAGAUGUUUCCCCACCACAGCCGGCGGCUCAGCAGACUCAGAAAAACGAUGAAAUGAGAAGAAGAAGAAGAAGAACAGAUGACGGACGAGGAGAGGACGGAGGAAAGAAGGGCUGUAUUGUAUUUUGUAUUCAGCCUUUCCUGCUGUUGUUGCCUUGUUUUUCGGGCCUCCUGAGCCAGUCUCUCUUGUAGAUGGAUGGAGAAGGGAUCGAGGGGGAUCGCGUUUUGGGAAUAGGUGGGGUUGCCAUGGAGACAGGAGGCCUCUGUGGGUGUAGCGCCCACCUUUUUUUUUUUCUUUUUUUUUUUUUUGUUGAAAAACCUUCCAGUUUUUUGGCUGCUGUUUAGUGAUUUUGUGCAGGGAUGCCAAAUUAUCAUUAAGGAUGGAUUUACAAUAGUAAGCCAUUGAUUUUAAUUGUGCAUUGAAUGUCUGCUCGGUCAGUCGUGAUGUCCGUUUAAAAGUCCUGGAAAAAAAGUGUGACAAAAGUUUGAUCCAGUUCAUGUAAAUUAAAGCCUGUUUCUCUGUUGAACAUCAUAUCAAUGAUCCAAACAGUGGCUUCUUUAAAUACGGCGAGCCUGAUUGGUCUUUGCUGCUUUUGGAUCGUCCUCAAUCGACAUUUUCAUUAUCAGAAGAAAACGAUUGUCAUGAAACCCAAAUUCAGGGCUGACACUAACUUUCAUUUAAACAAUAAGCAAUUGAUUAUUUCUGCAACUACACUCCCAAAGCAUGGCCUUCAAUUUAGGACUUAAACUAACGAUUAUUUUAAUUUUUAAUUAAUCUGUAGUUUGUCUCAUUUAAUUGAUUAGUUUAUUAGUUUUUAUAAAAUGUCUUAAAUUAGUGAAAAAUCUUGAUUACUAUUUCCCAAAGAUGCAACUUUAAAUGUCUUGUUUGGUCCACAACCCAAAAAAUAUUCAGGUUACUCUCACAGAGGACUAAAGAAAGCAGAAAAUACUGAGUAGCUGGAAACAGAGAAUUCGGACAUUUUCUUUCUUUAGAUAAAGACUAAAAACAACUAACUAUCAAAAUAGUUGACGACCAAUUAAGAUGAAUUGUUGCAGCUGUAGUAAAAACAUUUUUAAAUAGUCAAAAAGUUAGUUUUUUAUAUUAAAUACUACCUAAAUAAAGCAAAAUUUGUAACUAUUUUAGCCUUAAUGAACUGGCAAACAAUGGACCAGGUUAGUAUAACUUCCAUGUCACUUAAAAAACAUCUCAUAAAGGAAACAAGAAGAAUAAAUAAAAUAUUUUAACAGGGAAACUUUUUAAAAAGUGACACCUACAGAAAGCUGAUAAACAGGCAGUCCAACAGACAAGACGGUACAAUUAUCUGGUUAACGAGUGCCUAAAAAUGUUCCCAAAAUGUUAAAAUCUUGCACUGGAGUUAGAGAAACCAUCACAUGAUCUGAGGAAACGCUGACAGAACUUUAGGAGAAUCUGGAUGAUUUCGGGAUAUAUUUGGAUCCUUGGAAAGCGUAGAAAUAGAAAUAAAGGUGGCGGCACGUCAUCCAUGAAAAAAACCUCCAUCCAUCCAAGUUAAAUUAACAGAUCUGAUUUAACGGCUCAUUACUGCAGACGGACUCUUACAUCUGUGUCUCAGGCAUCAGAUCAAUGAUUUAGACUGUGAGCAGCGUUAAAAGCUCCCUUUUCAUUCAUAAAACUCAAAAUAAUAUUACCUUUUUUUUUUUGGGGUCAUCUUAUUGAUUUCUUCUGAAUUUUUAUCAGUGUGAUAAUAGAAGUUAAAUGUCAGUUUAAUGGACAUCUACGUUAGACAUAAUUUCAUUUCAUAAUUUAUUAUCUUAUGAAUCAUUUAGAGUGUUUUCAACUAUCAUCUUUGUGUUUGUUUUUUCAUUGAGCCAAAAAAAGUUUUAACACUAUAGUGAUUUAGUAGAGUUGGACUGUCUAACAAGAAAAGAGAUGUAGAAGUUAACAUUUUUAAUAACUAAAAAUUCAUUUUCCUAACCUGAUGGGAGAAUCUUGAAAAGAAAAAUACUCAAUUUUAAAAUCAGUCAACAUGAAAAAGGAAAAUAAUCAACAGUAUUUUAUAUAUUUUGUCAUGUUAAGCUUUUUUUCAUUCAAACUGGAAGAUAUUAUUUUUAUUUCAUCUAUACAAAAACACUUU